AUGAAAAUUAUCUUCUAUUUGAGUGUCCUUGUCGGGACAUUUUUCUCCGCUUCCUCGGCCGUGCAGAAGGAAGACCAUGCUCCCUAUUUGGUAUACCUCAAGUCUCACUUCAACCCCUGCGUGGGUGUCCUCAUCAAGAAAAACUGGGUGCUGGCCCCAGCUCACUGCUACUUACCAAAUCUGAAAGUGAUGCUGGGGAAUCUCAGAGUCAGGGUCAGAGAUGGGACAGAGCAGACUAUUAACCCCAUAAAUAUUGUCCGCUACUGGAACUACAGUCAUAGCUACCCUCAGGAUGACCUCAUGCUCAUUAAGCUGGCUAACCCGGCCAACAACAGCCACAAAGUCCAGCCCCUGGCCCUCGCCACCAGCGAUGUCCGGCCAGGCACCGUCUGUCUGCUUUCGGGUUUGGACUGGAGCCAAGACAACAGUGGCAGACACCCCGAUUUAAGGCAGAACCUGGAGGCCCCUGUGAUGUCUGAUAAAGAGUGCCAGAAAACCGAACAAGGAAAAAGCCACCGGAACUCCUUAUGCGUUAAAUUUGUGAAAGUGUUCAGCCGAAUUUUUGGGGAAGUGGCCGUUGCUACUGUCAUCUGCAAAAAAAAGCUCCAGGGGAUUGAGGUCGGACAUUUCAUGGGAGGAGAUGUCGGCAUCUACACCAAUGUUUACAAAUAUAUAUCCUGGAUUGAAAACGUCACUAAAGACACAUGA